AUGGAGCCACUUGCGGCGGCCAGGGUGAAGAAGCCCAGAAGGACUAGCUCUGUUCCGGGAAGUGAAACUCGCGCUGCAUGCAGGCGUGGCCUGCCGCGGUCACUCGUGGACGCCCUGCACGCCGCGCGCGAACGAUUCGAAUGCUACAGAAAAACAACACUAAACGCAGCCGGUAAUUGGCGUCCAUGUGAGAAGGUUAGUAUAGGCACGCAAACAGUUGAUACAGACCAUCAGCAAAAUGAAGAGCAGCCACAACUGCAAGUGCAGCAGCAGCAGCAGCAGCAGCAGAAGUUGCCUGCCGUGUCCAACACCUUGGUGCCAUCUACGGAGAGGACACUCCCGUCGAGCGGUAACCCGACUAAUAGUUAUAGUCCAUCCACCGAACAAACACCCGGCGACGGCAUGGGGAGCGAGACGCGAAUGGUGGAAAAUGAACCGGAUGCCGCCACUGUUGCUGUCGCGGCGACGCUCAUUCCGUACAGCCCGGAGGCCACACCGCUUGCCAUGGAGCGUCGGAGGCACGUGACGGGGUGCUGCCCGGAGAAGAUUGCCGCCUUCCUGGAGCAGCUCCGUGCAGCAGUGCCGGCGAUGGUGGCGGAGGCCCCUCCCCCGCCACCCCCUCCUGCUGCGACGACGAAGCCGAAGGGCGGCACAUCUCUGCACCACACCGCCCGCUCACUCGAGGCGCUGACAGAGUUGUGGGAGAACCGGCGGGAGGCUCCCAUUCCAGUAGUCAACACGCUCGGACGGAAGCGUGGCCUUUUUGGUGAGGUGGAGCGGAAGGAACUGCAUCAACUCGUUAUCUCUAUUCUUAACCGUGUUACAAACGACGCGGAAAAGUACCGCGAGGUAAAGAAUGAGCUCCUGCGGCUGCCUAUCCCGGAGGCGAAUGACAUGAUGCUGGCAAAAAUUGUUGAAGUGUUUUUCAUGAAGGCGGUUAAGGAGCAACACUUCUCCAACUCUUACGCUGACCUGGUGUCGGCGCUCUGUAAAGUGCCAGAGGGUCAGAAGCUCAUAGGAGAUAAAUCACAGAGCCUUGAGUUCCGCCUGCGGCAACAACUACUGCAUAGAUGCCAGAUGGAGUUCCAGCAGCUGGAGGAGAAAAACGUAGAGCAGGCCGAGCGUGGUGGUGAAGAACGCGCCUUACAAAAUGCUGAAGAGAGCUUUAAGGAGCGGCGUGAUCGUGCGUGCGGCAUUGUACAGUUUGUUGGCGAGCUCUACCUCCGCCAUAUCGUGACGGAGAAGGUGAUUGAGCACAUCUUCCUUACGGCUUGCACUGGGUUGUACGGACACGAGGGGCUUCGCGUCGUUCCUCCCUAUACGCCAACGGAAAUGCAGAUGGAUGAGGUGAUCACGCUUCUGGGCAUUGUUUCCUCCGUCUUCUUCCGCUCUGCUAUUGGGUGCACCAUGCUCCCCGGCUUAACAGCUGUCCUACAGCAUUGGUCGGUGCGCCACCCGGUGCCUCGUAUUAGGUUCCUUCUUAUGUCUGUUGUCGAGCGACUACAAAAGACGUUGGAGGAGCGGAAUGCCACCAUUAAGACGGCGCAACAACAUCAACAGCAGCAACAGCUGCAGCCGCCUUCUGAAGAGCAAGAACAGCAGCAGCAGCAGCAGCAGCAGCAACAGCAAUAUCCUUUGUCGGAUUUGAAGAGACCAGGGGCUACCGCUUCCGCGCUGCGGCCCCAUAGUCCUUCCAGCGAGGAGGGCACCUUCGCCUCCACUAGCGGUGCUGGGCGGCAUGCGCUGCCAUCAUCAGCAGCCGCAGCCGCUGCUGCUGCAGCAUCAGGGAUUCUUUCGCGUGAUAUAUCACCCAAGAUGAAGCCACCUGUCUUUGUUGGUGGUAGGCGCAUUCCGGCCCCCCGCAGCGCCGCAUCGCGUCACGGUAGUGUAGCGCUGAGUGCUUCGCUCAACUCUACCGCGAGUUCCAGUGGCCCGGUGGCGAAGCAGCUGGCUACGACGGAGAGUGUAGCGCGCUACAUGCAGAAUGUCUCCCUCACCGGGCGCAGUGUGGAGGAGGUGGUGGACGAGAUCAUUAACAACUUCGCCAACGUCAUUGCCGUUGUGGAGGUGUGGACAGAGCGCUGUCUGACUGUUGUGAAGGCGGCGAAGGACCGUGCGUUGUACGGCGCAUUCUUGCAGUCUCUCAACAACUAUCACAAGGGCUCGCUUAGACCGGAACUGCGCAAGGUGGCGAUGGGCGCCUUCGCCAACGCGGUGCGGCAGAAGCUGCACGAAGACCUCAACAUCUUCCGCUAUUGGGUGGAGAUGAUCUACAGUGAUGCAACGCGGGAGGUGCUGGACGAGGACCUGCUCAACGAGGCGCUGCACCACCUGCUCGGCAACGACGCCGCGGCGGUGCGCGCGUACCUGUGCGACGUGUCGAAGCAGACGAACCUGCGUAGUCCCCAGCGGCCGCCGAGCGAUGAGGCAACGGACUUCGUGCGCUACCGCCCGCUGCACGUUGUGCACCGCUACCACAAGCAGCGCGAGCCCGGGUUUGAGCUGCGCGUGGUGAACUUCCCCGACGUGCGGCAGGUGAACCUCGAGAUCGAGGUCUUCUGCGCGCUGCUCACCGGGGCGCCCUCGAAGGAGGGCCUCUUCGACGCGGUGCGGUCGUCGUCGCGUCUACGCUGCCCGCUCAUUGCACCGGAGCUGCUGAGUGCCGUGCUGCACGCCGAGCUCUGCAGCGAUACGACGGCGUUCCUCGAGGACAACUUGGACCUGCUGAGUUUAGUCAGCGACGGCCCCGAGCGGAAGACGCGCGAGAUCCUGCUGGUCGCAGAGCUCUACGCAGUGCUGAAGAACGCGCCGGCGGAGGCGACGCGGCCGAUCUCCGCGGGGUCGCGCGUCAUGGCGAAGUUAGAGGGCUGCAUCGUGUCCGACGAGACACGGCACCGCGCGCAGAAGUACUUCGAGCCGCGCGAUGAGUUCGCCCACCACUACAUUGGCGCGCAGGUGCUGCCGCUGCAGGUGCGCCACGGCAACAACAGCAUCACCGCGAGCGGUAGCGGCAGCAGUAGUGCGAGCAUCAACAACAACAACAACAGCGGUGUCCCGCGUCCUGCGCUCCAGCGGCGGUGA